AUGAAAACCAGUUUUCCGACACCAAUAAUCUGCUUUCGUCAAAUGUUUUUCUGUGGUCAACCAAACAGGGUCACCGAUGAUCAUGAUGGCACAUUCAGUUGUAAGCGUGCAGCCAGCAAUGGUGGUGACCAGUGAGAGUGCGAAGAUUGGCCAGUGGAGCAGUGGAGUGUGUGACUGUUGUGAAGAUAUGAGCGUCUGUUGCUUUGGUUUCUGGUGUCCUUACUGCCUGAUGUGUAGGACCAGUGAGAAUUUUGGAGAGUGUCUCUGUCUCCCUCUGUUGGAGAUUUGCUUUGGAGGCAUGUUACAUCCUAUCACCCUUGCUAUGAGGAGUACUAUGAGAGAGCGGUACAACAUUAAGGGUUCAAUACAAGAUGACUGCUGUGUGGUGACCUGUUGCACUUUGUGUGUCUGGUGUCAAAUGGCGAGAGAGCUAAAGACUCGACGCCGCUCCCUUGUGGUCAUUAACCCUGCCAUUAAUCCGGCACACCAGCAGCCACAAGCUUUCAACCAGCCAAACCAACCCAUCUAUCACUCCCAAAUCCCCAUGCAUUCUCCUUAUUAAUCCCUACAGGCACAUGUGUACAUGUGCAAUUCUGCAAUUCUAUGUUCACCUUAAAGCCUUUCAGCUGGCAUUUUGUAGCAAUCAAGAAAUCUUGAUUUUUAUAUUUAAAAAUAUUUAAACUAAUGCAUGUAAAAGUGCCUUUACUGUAUAUGUAUUGAACAACAAUAUUUAAUGACAACAUUUUAGCACUUUCUUCUAUAGAAAUAUUGCCAAAUGUAGUUCUUUGUAUA